AUGCGACUCACAAAUGAGGAGUUCAUCAGAUUGCUGGAAACUGCAGGAGGUGAUGCCUUUCUCGACUACCCGGGAAUUGAGAAAGGCCAGAUAAGAGCUCUCGACACGUUAGCUGCUUUUUAUGUGCAAGAGGGACAUCGAGAACGGGCAAACAAGGAAAGACGCAAGGAAUGUUUCCAAAAAGCCACACUGCUCUACACAACGGCUGAUAAAAUUCAAAUGUAUGAUCAAGACCAC